UUUACAAAGCGGUGGCAAAAAGAAACCAUGGCAAGCAUGGAGCACAUUCCGACUUAUUAAUAAUACAAGGACUUUGGAUGAUCUUUUGAAGAUAUCGAGUUGUCUCUCCUUUUAGGACUUGCAAUGGCUCCUGCUUGAAGAAAAGAGCUGAAUCUGAAGGAACUGUGCUGAAUGCAGCUCAUUCAUGGAGUAAAGCGAGUUGUUUGGGGAUCAUGAGUAACGUUACAGAUUAUGUAGGAAUGAAGAAACCACCGGUUGCCCCCAAACCCAAGCUGGUUCAGUCGCAUAAACCAUCACCUCCCCCCAUUGCCCCAAAACCUGAGCUCCUACUGCCUUCACCCUCACCCACUGCGCACAAGAGAGGAAAGCCUGCUGUCGCCCCCAAACCAUGUUUGCCCAAAGCCCCCCAGAAACCUCUCCAGCCGAGACAAAACCCCUGCAAGAUCCAACAUCCACCUGUCUCCAAAAAUGGGGGUCCUGCUCUAGUACCCUCACACCUGUCACAUUACAUUAUACCACCCAGUACUCGAGGUCAUCAACUAGGUAACAGCAAAUCAGAGGAUUCUAAGGAAAUAAGUGGAACAGCGGAGGUAGGUGUUUUCAAAGAGAGCGCAAAAGUACAGUUGUUUUACAAUGAUGCAUCGGAACAUGCUUCCCGAUCUGAACGGGAACAAAUGCAUGCUCCCACUGACCCAUCCCACACUUCCACAGAGGCACAGGAAGAAACAAACUCUGCCACACUAGAAAAGGACCAGACAAGUGCACAAAAACAAACUUCUCUCCAGAUCCCAAAACACAGUCCUACCGAACCCCUACAGGAACAGUCUGCAGAGCAGAAACACACCGGGAACAUUUUUAGCUCUUGCACCAGUGACAAUGAUGGUGUUCCUGCACCACCCAGCAAGCCACUCCCUGUACCCCAUCCACGACGCCCUCGGAGGGUGCUUCUUAGGCAGAAUGUUGUGGAGAUUGCACCUUCGGACACUCAAGCAGAAACACCUACAGAGACUCCUGAACACGUUCAGACAGACACAUUACUGGAAAAUCCCCAAAACAUUUCAAAAAGCUGUCACACCUACACGGACACACCUCUAAAUUUAUGUUCCCCUAAAGAGAACACGGAAAACACGGACACUGACUUCUCAACCAACACUGAUUCUUUGCACAAAGUAGACUCUUUUCACAGUGCACAUACUGAAGACGUGCCUCCUGAUCUGGACUCCACCCAUUAUUCAGUUCCGACAAAUGGUGUAACUUUAGCUUCCGUGAACACAGCUGCAGAGGAGGGGUCGCAACCUCCAGCUCCGCCACCUCGACAGAAAUCCCUCCCACAAAUGGUUGAUUCCUCAUGCAAGGCCUCAACAUCUGUGGACAACUUGCUUUUGCAUUGCUACUCAGAUCUUCAAGAGGUCAAGUGUAAAGGUGAGGAGGUGCAAAGCGAUGAUGAAGCAUAUGGAGACUUUGCUCGAUACCCAAUAACUCGGAGUCUUCCUAAACAGAUUAAGCUCAGCUGUGGAUCACAAAUGGCAGCUAAAACCAAGCCGUCUCUGGAUGGGGAGGAAAAGUCACCGAAAGUCAUGCCUAAAAAGCCCCAACGAAACAGUCUUCCCGCAUCCGUCGUGUUGCGGAAGCAAAACACGCCUCUGCUAACGCACACUCCCCCUCCGCUUCCUAACUCCAGUCCUCCCAUAUUCGGAGAACUUCCGGCACCUCCUCAAGAGAAACUUUCAUGGCGAGUCGCCCUUCCUAGCAUCCCUCUCUUCAGUAGAAACCAGCCGACUCGCAGUAACAGCCAACCACAGGCUGGAGGUGGGGGACCUGUUUUCGUCAAAAAGAGGGCAAAGUCGUUUUCCUCUGCAGAUCUUCAGCGAGCGGACACCGGAUCCGUAUCUUCCGAGCAGUUGGUGCGCUCCAAUCAAACAAGACGUAGCUUGCGGAAACUUCUAGAGCUGCGUGUGUAUGCACGGUUGCUUCCGAAGUUGCUUCGCAGUGGACAGUCCCUGGAUUGCACUCGUACUGAUGCAGAACACGAGGAAAAUAAAGCCACACCCACUAAUCAAGUCGCACCUGGCGAUGAGGUAGAAGCUCAGGGUGACAUUGAGGCUGACUGUGGGGUGGAAUACGAGAACGUCACAUUAUACGAGGAGAUUCCAGAGUACAUGAACCUGCCCUGGGUCUAUUCCAACCAGGAUGUGGACACAGGCGUGUAUGAAGUGCAGGAACCAUGUGAGGUGAACAGAUGUUCUGUGAGUAUUGAUCUGUCAGAGGAUGGAUUGAGCUCUAAUGAGGAAGAUGGGAACAGUUCCGACUCCAGCAAGGAAGACAUGAGCCAUUCAAAAGACAAAGAGGAGGUAGAGAGGGCAAAGAGGAACAAGGUGGUCCACAUCGCAAUGGAGAUCAAGAGCUCAGAGAAAGUAUUUGUGGAUGUUCUGAAGUUACUUCACAUCGAUUUCCGGGACGCAGUUGCCAAAGCGACUCGUGCGAGCGGGAAGCCACUGGUGGAGGAAAAAGUGUUGAAUCAGAUCUUAUACUAUCUGCCCCAACUCUACGAACUCAAUAAAGACCUGCUGAAAGAGCUGGAGGAGAGAGUAGCCCACUGGUCUGAUCAUCAGAGAUUGGCUGACAUCUUCGUUCAGAAAGGUCCGUAUCUAAAGAUGUACUCUACCUACAUACGAGAGUUUGACCGUAAUGUGGCUCUGCUGGAUGAGCAGUGUCGCAAAAAUCCUCCUUUUGCCAACGUUGUGCGCCAGUUUGAGGUAGGAGUUUGUGUGCGUGUCCAUCUUGUACAUGAAAAACAGCGCAUACCGCAAUUCCAAUUAAUUUUCAUGUCUCUUUCAGAUUAUUUGAAGAACCUUCCUGAGGAUUCAUCCGACUACAAAGACACACAAACUGCUCUCAGUGUGGUGAAAGAAGUGGCAAACCACGCGAACGACAUCAUGAAGCAAGGGGAUAACUUUCAGAAGCUGAUGCAGGUUCAGUACAGUCUGAACGGUCACCAUGAAAUUGUCCAGCCUGGCAGGGUUUUCUUAAAGGAGGGCACUCUGAUGAAACUCUCCAGGAAAGUUAUGCAGCCCAGAAUGUUCUUCCUGUUUAAUGAUAUUCUGCUGUACACAACUCCCGUUCAGUCUGGCCAGUAUAAAGUCAACAGCAUGCUUUCCCUGGCUGGCAUGAAGGUGAGCAAACCAACUCAGGAGGCCUAUCAGAAUGAGUUAAACAUUGAGAGUGUGGAACGCUCCUUCAUACUGUCUGCCAAUUCAGCCACAGAAAGAGACGAAUGGCUGGAAGCCAUCACUAAAGCAAUAGAUGACUACACCAGAAAGAAGAUUUCUUUCUUUUCCAGUCGAAGCCAGGAGUUGGAGGGAAUCUCUGAUGAUGGUCUACCGCUGGGCUCUAAAGCUCCUAUCUGGAUUCCGGAUUUGCGAACGACCAUGUGUAUGAUCUGCACGUGUGAGUUCACGCUCACCUGGAGACGCCACCACUGCCGUGCCUGCGGGAAGGUGGUGUGUCAGGCGUGUUCAUCCAAUAAAUACUACCUAGAAUACCUGAAGAAUCAGCUGGCACGAGUGUGUGACCACUGCUAUAUUAAACUACAGCACAAGGGCGACCAAUCCAGUGUGUCCGUUUCCCCUAGUGGGCGGAGUUCAUCAUUUGCUUUUUCUAGAAAACAGAAGAAGAUUCCUUCUGCCCUCAAAGAGGUGUCUGCCAACACUGAGAACUCCUCCAUGAGUGGAUAUCUGCAAAGAUCCAAAGGCCAAAAGAAACCAUGGAAGAGGCUGUGGUUCGUCAUUAAGAACAAAGUCCUCUACACUUACGCCGCUAGUGAAGAUGUUGCAGCUUUGGAGAGUCAGCCGCUGCUGGGCUUUUUCCUCCGAGAGGAGAAGACGGGACCGGCUCAAAAACUGCAGUUUAAACUGUACCAUAAAAACACAUUCUACUACAUCUUCAGAGCAGAGGACAUUCCCACUGCUCAGAGAUGGAUUGAGGCGUUUCAAGAGGCCAUGAUCCUUUGACUGGAUUAAACCGAAUGAAUAAAUGUCAUUCAUCUGGGUCUCUGCACUGUGUACACAGGCAGUGAGUUCGAGGAUGCAUAAACAUCAAAACCCAGUUUGAAGCAAAGGAUGCUGGUAGAUGUAGUUUAUGCAUUUAUCUAUCUUAAGCACCCUAAAUGAGGGUUCAAUGAGUGGCUGUUUAAUCAGUCUGCCUCCAUUGUACUUCAGAAAUGUAAGGUAUUAAUCCAAUGUCAUUUUUAGGAAACGCUGCCUCUCUGGUCCAGUUGCUUUUAGUGCUUUCAAGGUCAAAAAAGUCAGACAAUGACUGGUCAUGAGCACUAGAUACAGACGUUUUCAUUGACUCCUGACCAUUAGGCUUGCCUAUGAAUCAUAUUUCAAUCUGAAUUAAUCCGAAUGAAUCCUGCCCACUUUUCUCAACACUCCAUUAUGAUGGCAUAGGGACAGUCUGAAUCUAAUCGCAGUAUCACUUGUUGCCUGAAGAAGAUUUAAAAAGAUUUGGUCAGGGGUGUGAUUCAUAGUCAGGUCUGAAUGUGCAUGAGCAAGUAUGACAAAGGGAUGUCUGAUGCCAGGUCGCACCUUUGGAACGGUCAUGUGGCGCAGUCUGGCAUGGUGCAUUAUGGGAGAUUUUGGAUUCAACUGUGAAAGCUGGGCCUUAAUCGUGACGCACAGAGUGACUUUAUGUAUAAAUUGUACAAUGCAUAAAACCAUUGUUUUGGACAUUGAUGGUGAAAGUUGCUGUAUGGUUUUAUGAAUGAUUGAUGCAUUGAAUGUGACCAUUAACGCAAAAAGUUUGGGUUUUUUUUAAAGAAAAUUUUAGUGAUUGCGACAGUUUACCUAGACCUAUGGUUUUACGAACAGUCCAUGCGUUACCUGCAUGAUUUACGCAAAAACAAUUUGAAGAAUAAUUCACAUAUUGAAUGUAAAAAAAAAAGCAUACUUUUUUUAUUAUGAAAG